UCCCUUUAAAUCGCACGAUGAAUAGCGGGCUUUCGGAAGAGGAGGGCGAGCGACGCGGCUGUAGGGAAAUAAAGCUGUUCUCUGAGAGACACAGAGGGACACAGAUUUGCUGCAAUGGGCAUCAAGUUGUACUACACCACCGUCACGGCGUCCAGGGAGGUGAAGUCCCAGCAGUCGGAGAUCAUUCGCUUCCUGGAGGGCAAGAGCAUCCCGUUUGAGCUGAUUGACAUCUCUGUGGGCGGGGCCGUGCGGGAGGAGAUGAGGAACAAGGCGGGGAACCCCGCGGCAGCCCCCCCGCAAUUGUUCAACGAGGACCAGUACUGCGGGGAUUACUCAAUGUUUUCGGAGGCACUGGAAGGCAACACGGUGGAGCAGUUUCUGAAGUUGGCCUGAGAAGCGUGUCUGGUUGUUCCACCCCCCCCUCGCCUGCUUCUACCAAAAAAAAACGAAACAAGAAAAAACCAAUCAGCAAGCACGUUUUUACAGACCACACCCACUGACAAGAUGAUGAGCCCCCGCCUGAUUAUUUACCUGUACUUUGCUUGCUCAUGUUGAUGUAUGGUAUUUCCUUCUACCAGUUGGUGAAAGGAACUAAUUCUCGGUGAAAUCAACAGGACAUAGAGAGGUGUAGCCAAUUAGCUCACUUAAUCCUGGCUGCGACCACAUGUAUGUGAACUAUUUAACUAAUCCAUAGCUUAACAUUUAACAGGAGCCUGGUUAAUAGCCAAAACAAUCUUAACAAUCUAUAUAAUUUGCUAACAAAAAGAACAAUGAAGAUCGCUAGUCUAAGUUAAAUUGUUUUUUUUUUCCCCCUCAGAUACAGGAUGCUCGUGUUUUUUUAGACCACAGAAAAAUCCACACGCUGUGCUCGUUUUAUCUGAGAUAAAGAAUGCCGAUAUGGAGAAUCUGUGAUUUCUCGGUGUGGAGCUUUAGAAAUGCGGGAUCAUUUUUUGCUUAGCAGGCCGAUUCUCUGAGGGGUUUGACUUUCAACUUGGUGCCAAAGUAUGAUUAUUUUUUUACUAUAUAAUGUUGUUUUUAUUUCAUUUUUCAUAUUUCAUGUUAUAUAGGCUAAAUAUGAUUACCAAAAGCACAGUACUUCCAGUCACACGAGUCUUGUUUCUCUUCCUGUAUCCAAAGAUCUCACCGCUGCUGUAAAAUACAGACCAGGGGCCUUCUUUCGCAGCGAGUGUAGUCUGAACAAGGCCUUUGAGAAGUAGCAGAAAUGGGAAAUUAACAUGGCUGGGUGGUUUGGGAAGGACAUAAGAGAGAUUCUGGUCACGCCCUCUGUCUCCUUUAUUUUGUUAGCUCCUUACAUUCAGACACCGCUUGUCUCCAGCUUCGUCUGAACGUCCCCCCCCGCCCACCCUUCGCUCGAAAUCUGACUGCGCACAUAAGUUCUGCCGUCGUGCAUCUCUUCUCCGUGUCAGAGCGAAACGAGCCUGCUGAAUCAGCCUUUGUGCAGUUUUACGGUGAAGAAGAAAAGCAGAGCUCUUCUCUCUCCGCCCGAGAAUGUUCAAGGCUCCGUUUGUGCGCUUGCAUAAGGUUCUGGAAUCUUCCGGACGCUGUUGUUUUGGCUGGGUGUUUUAUGUUGUGCAGUUCUGGCCUCUGGAUGGCUGCCUCUGCCUUGUUUUGUCCCCUGUGUCUCUCUGUACCUCCUGUGCUCUUUUACAUUUUAAUUUCUUUUUUUAAAAUUCGUGUUUUUGUCAAGUAUGAAACCCUGGCAUUGCACCUUCCCAAAGUCGACUCUUAUCGCCUUAGUGCUCAGGUUUAUCGAAUUGGUGUGUCAUCACAAUGGCUGAUGCGUGAACGUCUGCCCUAUUGGCUAUAAUAUGGAGAAUUUGGGAAAACGGAAUACAGAGGCAACUCAUUAAAUGAUCCAAUCACAGAGAUGUGAUGGGUUCAGAAAAAGCACUGCUAUCCUCAUACUUCUUUCAAAUAUUUUAUAUUUUUAUUUAGAAAUGUAGAACUGGAUUUUUUUUUUAAAUAACUGAAAGUGAGAAGUGUAGGCUGCUGUGCAUCAGCCUGUUUGGACCACUAGGCAGGAAAUACGAUAGAGGGAUGUGCUCUGUAGGCCCUGUGGGACAGGACAGGGUGUGGGGCCGUCAUUCUGCUGGUCUGACUCCCAGCAGACAGGUGUGUUUGUUUGGCAUUUUGCUCGCUUGUUCCCACACACACACACACACACACACACACACACAGAUGGUUCAGCUGCUCCUGACAGAAUAACCAUUGUUUUCCUUUUGGACCAGUGCCUCCUUUGGCCAAAAUAAUAGAGCAUUUUAUUGUCUUCCAGGAAGAUUAUGAUGGCGACGGGUGAAUUGAAAUAAAGUGUUUGACUGUCCAAAUUA